GAUUUUGGGUCCAUUUCUGGCAAUUUCGGGUCCCUUCCAGGUGAUUCCUGCCCCCCCAGGUGACCCCCCCGGGCAGGUGCGAUGGCCGAGCCCGGCCCCGCCCCCGAGGAGCCCCCCCGGGACCCCCCGGGGCCGCUGGCGCUGCUGCGCUCGCGCGCGCUCGACGUCACCUUCGAGGUGGGCGACGACUACGAGGUCAUCGAGACCAUCGGCACCGGCGCCUACGGCGUGGUCAGCUCGGCCCGCAGGCGGGACACAGGCCAGCAGGUGGCCAUCAAGAAGAUCCCCAACGCCUUCGACGUGGUGACCAACGCCAAGCGGACGCUGCGCGAGCUGAAGAUCCUCAAGCACUUCAAGCACGACAACAUCAUCGGCAUCAAGGACAUCCUGCGGCCGGCCGGGCCCUACGGCGAGUUCCGCUCCGUCUACGUCGUGCUGGACCUGAUGGAGAGCGACCUCCACCAGAUCAUCCACUCCUCCCAACCGCUGACCUUGGAGCACGUCCGCUACUUCCUCUACCAACUCCUCCGCGGCCUCAAGUACAUCCACUCCGCCAACGUCCUCCACCGCGACCUCAAACCCUCCAACCUCCUGGUCAACGAGAACUGCGAGCUCAAGAUCGGCGACUUCGGCAUGGCGCGCGGCCUGGGCGCCGACCCGCGCCACGCCAAGGCCUUCCUCACCGAGUACGUCGCCACGCGCUGGUACCGCGCGCCGGAGCUGCUGCUGUCGCUGCACCGCUACACGCGCGCCAUCGACAUGUGGUCGGUGGGCUGCAUCUUCGCCGAGAUGUUGGGGCGCCGCCAGCUCUUCCCCGGCAGGAAUUACGUCCACCAGCUGCAGCUGAUCAUGGCGGUGCUGGGCACGCCGCCGCCCGGCGUCAUGGCGGCCAUCGGCGCCGAGCGCGUCCGCGCCUACGUGCAGAGCUUGCCGCCGCGCCCGCCGGUGCCGUGGGAGAGCCUCUUCGGCGACGCCGAGCCGGCGGCGUUGGCGCUGCUGGGGAGGAUGUUGCGUUUCGACCCGCGGGAGAGGGUGGGCGUGGCCGAGGCGCUGCGCCACCCAUUUUUGGCCAAAUACCACGACCCCGAGGACGAGCCCGAGUGCGUGCCGGCGUUCGACUUCGCCUUCGACCGGCAGGCGCUCACCAAGGAGGAGAUCAAGGCGGCCAUCGUGGCCGAGAUCGCCGAUUUCCACGCCCGCCGUGACGGCAUCCGGCGGCAGAUCGCGCCGGCGCCGCCCGCCGCCGUGGUGGGCGUGGCCAACGCGGGCAACAAGGCCGGCGUCGACGUCAACAUGGCCAACGUCGACGCCGCCAACAACGCAGUCAACGCCGACCUCAACGCGGCCAUGGCGACCGUGACGGCCGCCAACGGCCCGGCGUGGCCGCCCUGCGCCGACGUGGACAUGCCCAGCCCGGGCCCCGCCCCCGACUGCCCCAUGGACUCGCCACGGGUGAAGGCGGAGCCCGGUGCGCCGGCGGCACCGGCGGCGGCGCCCAAGAGGGACGGCGCCAUCUCGGACGACACCAAGGCGGCGCUGAAGGCGGCGCUGCUGAAAUCGGCCAUGAGGAACAAGAGUAAAGACCCGCCCUGCGCCGCCCCGGAGGCGCCCGAGGGCCGCAAGCCGGUGACGGCGGCCGAGCGCCAGCGCGAGCGCGAGGAGAAGCGCCGGCGCCGGCAGGAGCGCGCCAAGGAGCGCGAGAAGAAACAACGCGAGCGCGAGCGCCGCGAGCCACGCCCCCGGGGGGAGGGGCUUCACGGCCUGGUCCUCACCGACGACGACCGACACCUCCUGGAGCGCUGGACCAAGAUGGCCGACGGCGCCCCGCCCCGCCGCCCCCCUGCCCGGCCCCACCCCCGGCGCCGCCGGCCGAGGCGUGGGCGGGUCCUGAGGCGUGGGCGGAGCCUCCGGGCGGCGCCGGCGACGCUGACGUGGCCACGGUGACGCAGCAGCUGCAGAAGUCGCAGGUGGAGGAUCCGCUGCCCCCUGUGUUCCCGGUGACGCCCAAGGGCAGCGGCGCCGGCUACGGCGUCGGCUUCGACCUGGAGGAGUUCCUGAGCCAAUCGCUGGACAUGGUGGGCGAGCCCAAGGACAGGUGGGGACGGCCG